AUGUCUUGCUUUAUGCCAGAUGGGCCGAUAUUGCUAGCACGUCUAUUGCCUGUGGAAGUUGCCUUUGAAAGUCCCGGACGAUUCCAAUUGGAUAGCACGCAUGUGGCGAGUUAUAAGGAAGCGGCGAAGGAGAAAGAACGGGCGAAAGAGCCACGCAAUGUGGAGCAC